AUGCAGCCUAAGCCCAUCGCAGCGCAACCGGAGCCCACCAGCACCAGUUUCGGCGCUUCCGAAACCGGAAGCCCUUCCAGCUCUGUUUCACCUCGCGCACGCUCUCCCUCUGGCACCGCCACUCCCGAUCGCAGCUUCGCUAACGGCAAUGGCUCAGUGUCUUCCUCGCUCUCAAAAGCGGCUGCUGCCGGUGCCAGUGCAGGUCCCAGCCGUCCCGCCACCGCCGCGCUCGCGGCCAAGAUUGCCGCCUCGCGUCAGCACGGCACUGUCGCAGAUGCUGUAGCAGCAUCAUUGGGCAGCAAGCGAGAACGCAAGAGGAAACGCAUUCAUUACAGUUGCGCAGAAUGCCAUCGUCGCAAGCACAAAUGCGAUCGUCAAACACCAUGCCAGCCAUGCAUCGAUCGUGGUCUAGGUGAUAGCUGUCGGCCAUUCGAGGACGGAGAUCAGUUUGGCGACAUGCGCGAUAGGGUGCAACGUCUCGAAGACAUCGUAGAGGGUCUCGCUAUUGCACAUGCCGAGCUUGCAAAGGAACUCAAAGAUUCGCGCGGUCAGAUGGCUGCUUUCGUUGAAAUGGUCUCCAGCGACGAAGAGCAGGACGCCGAUCCCAAUGAUUCUGCUGCUGCCAUGAGGCCAAAACCGAAGAAGCGCAGGAGAAUCAUCCGUCCCAGCACGGCAAGAGGCAUCGAACGCGAGGAGCUCUUCAACUCGGAAGCACAGGCCAUCGCCGCCUCCAAGGGCGAAGUCAUCGACUCGACCAACUCCAAGGCAAACGUGCCUCGCUAUGAUCUCGGUGGCAAUCCGCUCGAAGGAGGUCUGGCUCGCGACGGCGACAGUUGGUUCGGCGCUCUCGCUCUCCCUUCUGUCAGCCGUGGUGUCAUCGAGACCGAGAUCAAUGGCGAACGCCUUGAGCUCGGUGCCAACUUUCCUCGUUUCCCAGCUUCCGUCAAGCUGCAUCGUCUCAUCCACGAAGGUGGCGCACCCGAAAACAUCCUCAGCGAUCUCAUGAACUCGCUACCGUCCAAAGCCGACACCGACCGCCUCCUCGACAUCUACUUCCGAGACAUCAACCACACCCGACUACCCAUCCACGAAGGCACCUUCCGCCAGUCGUAUGACGAGCUCAUGGAGUUCAGGUGGGGCAACGCUAAAGAGGAGCGAGGCGAUGAUGGCGCCAGGCACGUCCCAUUCUUGGCCUUCCUCUUUGCCAUCCUCGCCACCGCCAUGCGCUCUCUGCCCGAAGCUCUUGGCAGCGAGACCGAGGCCAAGAAGGGUGCUGUGCGCCUCUACCAUGCCUGCCGACGCACCAUCAACAUUGCCUCCACCAUCCGUGUCGACCACAUCGACCUCGUUCUCGCGCAUCUCUUUGCCGCCCGCUUCCUUAUAUGCCAACGCCAAAGUGCCGAGAGUUGGUCCCUCCUCGGUAACGCCAUCCGUGCCGCCCAGGCUAUCGGUCUUCACAGAGAUGGCAGCAAGCUUGGGCUCGACGCCAUCACCACAGAACGCAGGCGCCGUCUGUGGGCCAUCAUCUUUUACAUGGACAAGACCACCAGCAUCCUGCUCGGUCGUCCACAGGCCAUCCAAGAGUUCCACUGCGACACACUGCCACCCUCCGACAUCGACAUUGAUACCAUGCCGCGAUCUGCUCGACCUUAUGUGCCACGCACCCGGCCUCGACCCAAUACUCCGCCCGGCGUGUUCCUCUUUGUCGCCAUUCGUCACGAGCUGACUCGUCUUACGGGCAAGAUCGUGGAGCACUUUCAGAACCUUGCCAGUCCGCGCAGGUAUGCCGAUGUCGUCGCUCUCGACGAAGAGCUGGAAAAGUUUCGCAAGGACAUCCCGGACAUCUACCGCGUCGACAAGGCCGCCACCGGAACGGGCCCUGACACCAACAAGGAGUUCGACGCCGUCUGCCCGUGGUUGCCGCUCCAUCGUUACUUGCUCAACAUCGAGUAUCACUACGUGCGCAUCGCCCUGCACAGGCCGUAUGUGCUUCGCAACUCGGAGAAGUAUUCGCACUCGCGCAAAGCCGGUUUUGAGAGUGCCAAAGCCGACCGUAGGGUGCGUCAGGAGUAUCGCAAGGAUGUCAAGUGGGAGCCCGAACGCGCGCGCAAGGUUCACAUGGGUGGUCUCUACCGCCUCUUCAAUGCCACCAUGAUGAUCGGUAUCGCGCUCCUUCUCGAUCCAAAUGGUCCCGAAGCACCUGACUUUCUGUCCUAUCUCGAUGAGUUUAUCGAGCUGCACAAGCACCGAGAGGGCGAAGCAGACCAGUGCAGCAAGCGCGAGGUCAAGAUCAUUGAGCUGUUUAGGGCCAAAGCGCGCGACCCGACGUGGUGCGCCACCUCUGCUACGGGCGCAGGCAAGAAACUGGUGGAAGGGUCCUCCAAGGGCAAGGGCGGACAAGCAGACGCUUCUGCUGGCUUGUCCAAGGGUUCGGCACGCAGCAAGGACGCAGCAGGAAAGCGAGAGAGCAGCAAGGAGGGCACUGCCGGUGUAGGCACAGCUGCCUUCAGCUCCGCCAUGCUGCUCGGCGGCGCCAAGCCGAGCAGUUCGCAACUGGCGCGUGCGAGUUCGGUCAACACCACCGACAGCAUCACGCCUCCGCCAUUCGCAGGCCUCUUUAGUAGCAGCGCUGGUGCGGCUGCUCCAGGGCUCGCACUCGGCACCGUGUCGACGGGCACAACGAGCGACGCAGCCACCGACCUGGCACAGAGCAUCUUUGACCAGCUCGGUGGCUACGAGCCCAGCUUUGGCAUGCUCAACCCCACCCCAAACGACGCACUCAACUUCAAUUCCGGAUCAGGUCUGGGCUUCGGUCCCAGCCACACGUCGAACAGCAUGGGCUUCGAUUCGGCGGCAGGCUUUGACAUUACGAGCUACUUCAACACGCCGCCUCCCGGCUCGUCGGGUCCUUCGCCCAAUGUCACGGCUAAUGCAGCAACUUCGUCCGCGCCCGGGCUGGGCCGCAGCAGCAGCAGCACCAACUCGAUCAACAUCCCCGCGACGUCGUCCGAGCACAGCGGCAUCCCCAACUUCCAGCCGAGCGCCCACCCGCACCUGCGCGCACUCAACACGCCAGGCGGCAUCAACGGCUUCCCCGGCUCGUCUGGAGGCGGCGAAGGCGGUGCGCGGGCAGGCGACGUGUCGGGCCUGAACGGUGCUGGUGGUCUGAACAGUGCCGGUGCUGGCGGCGGCGCGCCGAGUGAUUGGGGCCUGUUACCGUGGGGUGGUCUGAUUGAGGCCAUCGCACAGAGCUCUCACGGCAUCGACCAGCAGCAGCAGCACGGGUCGAACGGCACGCCGAGCUCUCACUCGGAGCUCAAGACUGAGACUCCGGACGGGUCGGAUAAGCAUUGA